GUUCAGGCGCAAGUAUGCCCUUAAUUCCCAUCAAAGCAUACACACCGGGGAGAAACCCUAUCAGUGCUUGGAGUGUGGAAAGGGAUUCUGCCAGAGCAGCGCCCUCAAUUGCCAUCAGAGAAUCCACACAGGGGAGAAACCCUAUCAGUGUCCGGAGUGCGGGAAGAGCUUCAGUCUGAAACCUUCCCUUACUCUACAUUUAACCACCCACACUGGGGAGAAGCCAUUUAAGUGCUCAGAGUGUGGGAAGAGCUUCAGCCGGAAGGCUUACCUCUCUUUGCAUCAAAAAAUACAUACAGGAGAGAAACCGUUUAAAUGCUUUGAGUGUGGGAAGAGCUUCAGCUUGAGACAGGCCCUCGCCUUGCAUCAGAGAACCCACACUGCCGAGAAGCCCUACAGCUGCUUGGUGUGUGGCAAGCGCUUCAGUCGGAGGGCCUACGUCUCGUUGCAUGAGAGAACUCACACAGGGGAGAAGCCAUUCAAGUGCUUGGAGUGCGGAAAGAGCUUCAAUCGAAGGGAGUACCUCACUUCCCAUCAGAAAACGCACCGAGAAACCUCUUCAGAAGAGGAGGACUCUGAUUCCUCAGAUGAAGCCUCCUCUGCAGAAGAUCCGCAGCCGCCUGAGGGAUCCUGCGGGAGGCGUGCUGCCUCCGAGGGCAUGGCCAGCCCCUUGCAGCCCACCCUGAGGCCAGCUGUAGUUCCAGAGUCUCCUGCUCCCACCACCCAAGGGGACCAGUGGCAGUGUAUCCGGUGGGAUGCUCAGAGCCACGGUAACACAACCCACCUGACUCCCAGAACCCCCUUUUGCCCGAGGGAUGCUGAUGAGGAGGCAUCUGCGCCAGAGCAAGGAGCUCCUCUUGAGGGGGAGGGCCCAGCUGUGGCUCCUCCUCCUCAAGCCAAUACUGAACCACAGCCGACGCUCGGUCCCCCGCAGAACACUCCUUGGUUAACGGCUCCCAUUGACUUGUUGGACUCUAAUGACGGGCUCAAGACAGAAGCAACUCUUUAGGUGCCUGGAGGAUGCAAGUCCCUCCGCCUGCCGCAGAGCUCGCACCUGAAUCCACAUCCAAGGGGCUUCACAACCCAAAUGGUAUAAAUGGGGUGAUUGUUCGUUACCUGCUGUCAAGUCUUCUCUGACUUAGGGUGACCCAGUGAAUGGCUGCCCUCCGAAAUUCCUGUGCUUGGCAGCCCUGCUCAGCUUUGUCAACUGGAGGCUGCAGCUUCCAUCAUGGAACUGAUGCAUCUCAUAUUCGGUCUUCCUCUUUUUCUACCGUUGGCUUUCCCCAGCAUGAUUGUCUUCUCCAGGGAGUCUUGCCUUCCCAUCAUGUACCAGAGUGGGACAGCCUCAGUUUCAUCCUUUUUGCUUCUAGGAAAACCUCUGGCUUGAUCUGAUUGAGAACUCAGAGCUCUUCUGCAGCACCAUGUUGUCAACCACCCAUUUUCUUUCUGUCGGCUUCCUUCUCUGUUUAGCAUCAUAGCAAAUUAACUAUGUAAGGGACGGCCAGUAGGAAAGCUCAUAGUGCAGUGGCUAUUCUCAUAUAAUAAGCCUGAACAGUCUCCGGAGAAUUAACUUUGGGAAAAAGCCCAAGAAAUGUUCUGCAUAUAAUUUGGAGUAGAUCAAAAGUUACAUAGAUGCUCGCAUGCACAGAUUUGUGUCUCAGACAUGCAUGCAGGGACUGGAUUAUGUUUUACUAGGUAUAAAUCUUACUUCAAAUGGAGUAGUGUAUAAGGGAGAAAUCAUGGAAACACAUAGAAUAUAAUGGGGGCACAGCUGGAGAAUGAAUGGACAGCAGAGAGUGCAUAUUAGAGAAAAUGAAAUGUGAGAAAAAAAACUUCUUGAAGGAACUAAUUAAUUCAUAACUCAGAGAAUUGCAUGUUUUGCAGUAAAGGCUUCCAAACUUAGGAGAAGACAUGUAGAAUCCAUCUUGGUUAACUGUGGUGGUAAUUCUGACCCUCAUGGACAUAAAAGUACAUCUUGGCACGUACUUCAGUUUUUUUUAAAUAUUACUGCUUUUGGGAUCUUUUUAUAAAAUUCUAUUUCUUAGACUUGCUUAGUGAAACUCAAAUAUUAAAAGCUGUCCUCUGUCCAAUUUUUGUGGCACAUUAAAAUGUACUAUAUUUUGUUCUCUUUGA